AUGGGCGCGGCGGGCGCGUCGGACGAGUACUCGCCGCCGCGGCUUGCGCGGCUGCUGCACGCGCUGCCGCAUAUAAACGUAACGCUUCAUCGCGUUAAUGACACCUUCGCGCCCAAUUCGCCCAUCUACCUUGAGAGCCUGGGAAUACUCGGCUCGAUACCCGGUGCAUGGCUGAUUUUGACACUGACGGUGUUGCUCAUAUACUUGCUUACAAGAUGCUGCGACAGAAAGCAACGCCCGCCAAGGAGUAUAACUGCACUUAAGAUAACAUUGAUGAUAUUAUCGGUGUUAUGCUGCGGCGCUAUCGGCGUGGGUCUGUUUGGCAACGACGACCUCCACAAUGCGAUGCUACAGAGCAUUCAAGCGGGCAACCAGCUGGCAGCUCUCGUUAACACCGUUAAGAAUCAGUCAAGUAUCCUAGAAGAAGCAAUGGGUUCCCGAGCCCGAGCCCCGCUCACGCGCCUAGCUGACGCCCUGGACGCGCCCGUCGCUAACCAGACGGCUUUAGGCACGUUGCUACGAGCGCUCUCGGCAUUGAGGAAUAACGCGAGCGCCGCUGCGUCCGCUGCAGAUAACUUGAGGAGACCUCUCGCUGCACUCAAUUUGGAUGCUUUUAUGAAGCGGCUGUGGGUGUGGGAGGCGGCGCGCUGGGCCGGCGGCAUGGCGGGCUGGUGCUGCGGCGGCGCCGUGUGCGUGGCGCUGCUGGCGGCCGCCGCGCGACGCUCGAGGCGUGCGCUUCUGCUGUUGUGUGUGAUGGCGCUGGGCGCGCUGGUGGCGUGCUGGGCGGCGGGCGCGGCGCUGGCGGCGGGCGCGGUGGCGGCGGCCGACGCCUGCCAGGACCCCGCGCGCGCGCUGGCGCUGCACGCGCCGCACCGCCUGCCCGUCGACAUGGUGCACUACUACCUGUCGUGCAAGGUGUCGCGCGAGAACGUGCUGACGGCGGAGCUGCGCAACGCGCAGCGCGCCGUGGUGGCGGUGCGCCAGGCGCUGGCCGUGCUGUCGCGCGGCGCGCCGCAGCUGUUCAACGACCCGGGGCUGCAGCCGGCGCUGGGCGCGCUGGGCGCGGGCACGGGCGAGGCGGAGCGCGCGCUGGUGUCGCUGAGCGGCGCGCUGGAGUGCCGCAUGGCGCGCGCCUACUUCGUGGCGGCCGCGCGCGCCGCCUGCGACGGCGGCCUGCAGGCUUUAUCACUCCAGUUGCUGGCCGCCAUUGUUGCCGGUUUCCUGUUCACUGCGAUUGUUCUAGUCGAUUCCCAUGCAUGGAUAUACAUUAACCCGAAACGCAGCGUGCCCGGUGAAGAGCAGGCGCCGUUCCUGUCGACGGGCAGCGCGGGGUCGCGCACGCUGCCGCGCCCCGCGCCCUUCCCCAACGGCAAGCCGCCCUCCUACAGCGCCGCCGUGCAGCUCAUGGACCUCGCCGACCGAGACCGCGACCGCGACCGGGACCGGGAGAGGCCACGGUCGCGCAUGUCCGGCAGCGCGACGCUGGGGCGCGGCAGCGGCGGCGCGGCGGCGGGCGGCGCGGCGCUGGGCGCGCUGGGCGGGCUGGGCGCGCUGGGCGGCUCGCACACGCUGGGCCGCGCGCCGCACAACGGCAAGUACGCCACGCUCAGCAAGCAGUGCAAGACGCUCGAGAGCAACGACUUCUAC